AUGAGAAUCCCAAAAAUAUUAAAGAGAAACUACGCAGAACACGAGAUGUGCCAAAAAUAUACUAUCCUUCACUGGCAGAUGUGCCAAAAAUAUGGAUUUCUCACCACUGCAAAGAGCUACGAACAUUUCGUAGAUAAAGAAAUGGCGGUCUUAGAAAACAAAGAGGUCAAACUAUUAUGGGACUUUUCCAUUCAAACAGAAAUAAGAAUUGACCAUAACAAGCCUGAUCUAGUCCUACUGGAUAUGAAAGGAAGAACAUGCUAUAUUAUUGAUGUGGCAUGUCCUUUUGACACAAGAGUUGAAAAGAAGGAGAAGGAAAUAUUUGAGCACUUUACAGAUCUGAAGUAUGAACUUUUGAAGGUUUGGAACAGAGAAAUAACAAAAGUAUACAUAAUACCAAUUGUCAUUGGUGCGCUAGGAAUAGUCACGAAUAAUGUUGCAAAGUAUCUUGAAAAGAUCGACUUUAAAUGUGGUUUAGAUCCUCUGCAAAAAGCUUGUUUGUUGGGCACUGCUAGAAUAAUGAGAAAAGUUUUGGAUUACAGCAAAUAG